GAACAAAAAUACAGUUCAGGUCCUCGGUUCCAAGAUGACAAAGAAAAGAAGGAACAACGGCCGUGCGAAAAAGGGCCGCGGCCACGUGCAGCCUAUUCGCUGCACUAACUGCGCUUGCUGCGUGCCCAAGGACAAGGCCAUUAAGAAGUUCGUUAUCCGCAACAUAGUGGAGGCCGCGGCCGUCAGGGACAUAUCCGAAGCGAGCGUUUUCGAUGCCUAUGUGCUUCCCAAGCUGUAUGUGAAGCUGCAUUAUUGUGUGAGUUGCGCCAUUCACAGCAAGGUGGUCAGAAAUCGAUCUCGUGAAGCCCGCAAGGACCGGACGCCACCUCCGCGAUUUAGACCUGCUGGUGCUGCCCCACCGCCUCCACCAAAGCCCAUGUAAGGAGUGUAAUCUUUAAGGGCUGAAGAAAAGUUGUCCUCUGGAAAAAUAAAGUGGAAUCUAUGGUUAAAAAAAAAA